GCGGGGACAGCGAUAAGAUGGCGGCUCCCUUGGCCAGGCCGGCGGGGUUUGUGCUGAGGGACUUGGCCCUGCGAUCCGCCCGCCUGCGGGGCGGCUUCCCGGCUGUUCAGUUAACCCCCAGACGAUGGCUGAACCUGCAGGAGUACCAAAGCAAAAAAAUAAUGGCAGACCAUGGGGUUACAGUUCAGAGAUUCUUUGUAGCUGAUUCUGCAAAUGAUGCCCUGGAGGCUGCUCAGAGACUAAAGGCGAAGGAAAUCGUUCUGAAGGCACAGAUUCUGGCUGGAGGGAGAGGAAAAGGUAUUUUCAAUAGUGGAUUGAAAGGAGGAGUUCAUCUAACUAAAGACCCUAAGACUGUUGAACAGCUUGCUAAACAGAUGAUCGGGUACAAUCUGUCAACAAAACAAACUCCAAAGGAUGGUGUGACAGUUAAAAAGGUGAUGGUUGCAGAAGCACUGGAUAUUUCCAGGGAAACCUACUUUGCAAUUCUGAUGGACAGAGCAUGCAAUGGACCUGUCAUGGUUGGCAGUCCCCAGGGUGGUGUGGACAUAGAGGAGGUUGCAGUAACUAGCCCAGAACUUAUCUUUAAGGAGGAAAUAGACAUUUUUGAAGGCAUAAAGGAUCGUCAGGCUUUGCAGAUGGCAAAAAAUUUGGGCUUCCAAGGACCUUUGCAACAGCAGGCAGCAGAUCAAAUUAAGAAGCUGUAUAAUCUUUUCUUGAAAAUUGAUGCCACUCAGGUUGAAGUGAAUCCCUUUGGUGAAACUCCAGAAGGGCAAGUUGUUUGCUUUGAUGCCAAGAUAAACUUUGAUGACAAUGCAGAAUUCAGACAAAGAGAAAUAUUUGCCAUGGAUGACAAGUCUGAAAAUGAGCCCAUAGAGAACGAAGCUGCCAAAUAUGACUUAAAAUACAUAGGACUGGAUGGAAACAUUGCUUGCUUUGUCAAUGGAGCUGGGCUUGCAAUGGCAACGUGUGACAUCAUAUCCCUGAACGGUGGGAAGCCAGCCAACUUCUUGGAUCUCGGUGGAGGUGUGAAAGAAGCACAAGUGUACCAAGCAUUCAAGCUGCUGACAACAGAUCCAAAGGUUGAAGCAAUCCUGGUGAACAUAUUUGGUGGGAUCGUGAACUGUGCCAUCAUAGCCAAUGGUAUCACCAAAGCCUGUCGAGAGCUUGAGCUGAAAGUACCUCUGGUGGUCAGACUGGAAGGAACAAAUGUCCAUGAGGCCCAGCGCAUUCUGAGUGAAAGUGGACUCCCCAUCACAUCUGCCAAUGACCUUGAGGAUGCAGCAAAGAAGGCAGUGGCCAGUGUGGCCAAAAAAUAACACCUUGAAGAUUAUUCUCACGGAAAGACAUCAUUCUUGUUGUUAUUUCAGAGGAUUAGAGGAGCUUUCCUAAGGAGUCGUCAGGUUUGGUGGACUUAAUUUGUGAUAGAUGGCCAGCUCAGGCCUUAGGCUUGCAAGUUAGGCUUCAGAACUUUUGCAGCUACAAUCUUGAGAAGUUUUUAUGUCUUUAUCUAACUUUGAUAAUUUUGUUACAAUUGUAAUAAGUAAUACUUCACUUCAGAAAAUUCCUUUUUGUCUCUCCUUCCAAAGUUAUCACUGAUAAACUCAUGAUAAGGUACAAUAAUUAAUAAUUGACUUGUAUCGACAGGAUAGUUCUUUAAUCAAACACAUGUAGGUCACCUAUUUCACAAUAUUUUAAUUAAAUUUUUUAUAUUGUAAAGCAUCAGCAAACUAAUAACGGGUUUAUAUUUUUAUGGACUUUUAGAAUAAUGUAAAAAAUCGUGCUUACAAUACCUAUUUUUAUUAAAAUGGAUGAUGUUUGUUUUCUUUUCUUAGCAACCACUGAUUUUGCCUUAAGAUGAUUUCCUUCAGUUGAUGCCAAAGUAUACCUCACGAUAGGAAAAGGGAUUAAACAGUUGGUAGUGAAAAGACCUUCCACUCUUUUACUGUGCCUAUAAGCCUGUGAAAUGUGAUUCAUUUAUUUUCUAGUUUUUGGAAAUGAGGUGCAGUAUUUUUAGGUGUAGCAGGGCCAUACAGGGAGCCCCAGGAGGAUGUGUCUGCCGGAAGGAAAGUGGCUGCUAACUUCUUAAGAUAACCUCUUUCAUAACUAUGUCAGUGCUGUGAGGUUUUAAAAUAAGAUGAGAAACUGAAGCAGUUUUCUGCCCAGGAGCAUGGAGUAUUCUUCAAUUGAUUUAACUUCCAGAAACCAUUUCUGAUUUAUUUGGAAUAAAACACAAAUGAACUUUUCCAUUUUCAAGGUAUUUGAUUUCUCAGGCAUCAGUAAAAAUACGUACGAGG